AACAACCAAAAAAGCAUGAUGGAGGUUUUGAUGAGUUCCAUUUUAGCAAUAUUGCUAGGCGGUUUUGCUCUCUGUGUUCUGGUUCAUGCCCAAGAUCAAUCAGGCUUCCUGAGCAUAGAUUGUGGGAUAGCAGAAGAUGCAGGCUAUACUGAUACAACAGGCAUAAGCUACAUUUCAGAUGCAAAUUUCAUAGACACUGGCAUUGCUUAUAGUAUAUUACCUGAAUUUCAGACUCCAAACCUUUCAAAGCAAUUGUUGCACGUCAGAAGCUUCCCACAAGGUAUAAAAAAUUGUUACACACUCACCCCUCCACAAGGUGAAGAGAACAAAUAUUUGAUCAGAGCAUGGUUCAUGUAUGGGAACUAUGAUGCCAAAGAUCAAAACCCAGAGUUCGACCUAUAUCUUGGAGUUAAUAUGUGGGAUUCAGUGAACUUGGAGAAUGCAUCCAAUAUAACAAUCAAGGAGAUUAUACAUGUCCUGACUUCAAGUAGCAUAUUUGUUUGUUUCGUGAACACUGGCCGGGGAACACCUUUCGUAUCAGCAUUGGAACUAAGGCUUUUGAAUAAUUCCAUGUAUGCAACUAAAUCUGGAUCACUAGUAAACAUUUUGCGAUUGGAUUUAGGUUCCACGAGCAAUGAAGUUAUCAGGUACAAAGACGAUGUUUAUGAUCGCAUCUGGUUCGCAGCUAUAAACAGUCCUAGUUGGGGAAAGCUAAGCACACCGUUUACUAUUAACAAUGGCAACGACUAUCAACCGCCAUCAAAGGUCUUGCAGAGUGCCAUCACACCCAUUCGUAGUAACAGUUCCUUGAAUUUGUACUGGAAGCCUGAUGAUCUCACCUCUUCAUUUUGUUUAUACAUGCACUUUGCUGAAAUCCAAAGACAUGAAGCAAAUGAGUCCAGAGAAUUGAACAUCUAUUUAAAUGGGGAUUUAUUCUAUGGUCCUCUUGUUCUUACCUACUUGGUCAUAAACACAAUAUACAGCAGAAAUCCGGUAACUGCAAUGGAGUUGAACAUUACAAUUAAUACAACUGAAAAUUCAACCCUCCCACCCAUCAUCAGUGCUGUGGAGAUUUAUAUGGUCAAAGAGCUUUUGCAACCACAUACAGAAGAUGAAGAAGUUCAUGCUGUCAUGAAUAUUAAAUCAAUGUAUGGAGUGAAGAAAAACUGGCAAGGAGAUCCAUGUGCUCCAAAAACUUAUAUGUGGAAUGGACUUAACUGCAGUUAUUCUGGCUACAAUACCCUCAGGAUCAUAUCCUUGGACUUAUCCUCAAGUGGAUUGACAGGGCUGAUAUCUCCUGACAUAUCCAAUCUUACAAUGAUCCAGUUUUUGGAUUUAUCAAAUAAUAGUUUAUCAGGGUCUGUGCCAGAUUUCCUAUCGCAAUUGCUAUCCUUGAGGGUCCUAAAUUUAACAGGAAACAAUCUCACUGGUUCCAUUCCAGUUGAAAUCAUUGAAAGAUCAAAGAAGGGAUUACUAUUAUUGAGUGUGGACGCAAAUCUUUGUAAGUCUCAAUCAUGCGACAACAGCAGCAGCAGCAUCAACAACAACGACAAUGGUGAUGGCAAUGGCAACAAGAAGAAAGUUAUUGUUCCAUUGGUUGCAUCAGUUGUUGCAUUGUUCCUCAUUUUAGGUGCAUUAACUAUCUUGUGGUGCCUUAAGAGGAGGAAUAAAGCAAUCAUGAUGAUGGGGAUGGCAGAUGUGGUAUCAAACCAAAAGGAUGGCCUAUUGGAGCCAAAGAAGCAGCAGUUCACAUACUCAGAGGUCCUAACAAUAACAAAUAACUUUGAGAGGGUUAUAGGGAGAGGAGGAUUUGGUACAGUUUACCAUGGCUACCUGGCGAACACUCAAGUUGCUGUGAAGAUGCUUUCUCCAUCUUCAAUUCAAGGAUAUGAGCAGUUUCGGACUGAGGCAGAACUUCUUAUGAGGGUUCAUCAUAGAAAUUUGACUUCUCUUAUUGGAUAUUGUGAUGAAGCUACCAACAUGUUGCUCAUAUAUGAAUACAUGUCUAAUGGGAACUUACGAGAUCAUCUAUCAGAUAGAAAUGUAAAUGUGUUUAGCUGGGAACAGAGACUACAAACAGCGAUUGAUGCAGGACAAGGAUUGGAGUAUCUGCACAGCGGCAGCAAACCCCUAAUAAUCCAUAGAGAUGUGAAUCCUACCAACAUCUUACUGAAUGAUGAAUUCCAUGCCAAGCUUGCUGAUUUUGGGCUGUCCAAGGUUUUUCAAGCGGAAGGUGACAGUCAUGUGUCGACAAGAGUAAUUGGCACCCCUGGAUACCUUGACCCAGAGUACUAUGUGUCCAACAGGUUGAACGAGAAAAGUGAUGUUUUCAGCUUUGGAGUUGUUCUCUUGGAGAUAAUAACUGGUCGUACUGCGUUAGGAAGGGAUCAUAAAAAGACACACAUAAUUCAAUGGAUCGCUCCAUUGCUUGAAAAUGGCGAUGUAAGAAAUAUUGCUGAUGCAAGACUCUGUAAAGAAUUUGAAAUUAGUUCCGUUUGGAGAGCAAUAGAAUUAGCAAUGGCUUGUGUUUCCUCCACUUCGCCUGCAAGGCCAACCAUGAAUUAUGUAGUGAUGGAAUUAAAGGAAUGUUUUGCAUUAGAGAAAGCGCGGGUUGAGGGCCAUGGGACUGGAGAAGUAAAUUCAUAUGAAGCCAUCCCUCUUUAUCUGGAUUCUGACGUGAGUCCCCCGGCAAGGUAGUUUUAGUUUUGCAGGAAAACAUUGGCUUUGUUGCAAAUCAACUUGUGUCAUGUUACAGUGUCCUUGAACUUGGGCUAGUAGGGUGUCAUUGGGCUUGCUCUUUUUAUGCAUGUACUGGGUAUUAUUAUGAUUGUAACUUUCCGGGAGAAAUAAAAUCAGAUUUGAUUAUGAA